CACACACACACACACACACAGAGAGAUUAGUGAGAGAGUAUAUUUAAAAUGUCUCAUAUGACAUCAGUUUUGGACGGGUAUGACUGGAGGAUCUAAUGACUAUUUACUGGGUGUCAUGGAUAGCUGAAGUGUAUCUGAAGGAACACAGGGUGCCCUUUCUGGCUAUUUUGAUAUUAUGCUGAGCGAGAGUUUAGUCCUCACACAACUUAAGUGACAUUACCCUAGCAGCAGCGAGGAGUGAAAACAUCCUACAAGUGAAUGAAAACUGAAUUUAAACUGGAGACCUGUAUGCAAACUGGAUGUGGAAAAAUGGCAACAGAUCUCCAAAUGACUGUGCUACAAAAUGAGGCAACGGGGGACAGUGACAUUCAACUGAACGACGAAGUUGAGGAGCUUAGCAAAAGUUUAAGGGAGGUGACCCAGGACCAGACUGUGCAGCCUAAACUUCAGUGUUUGAUGAUGGACCCGUCCUUCUCCAUGGUAACGGUUCAAAGUGAGGACAGUGGCAUCAUGUGGGAAACUUCUUUCAGUCGCUGCUCCAACCCUUGGACAUCAGAGACCAGCACCAGAGGUGGCGAAGUUUGCUUUAGCAAGGCAGAGUGUCGUAAAAUAGCCACAUCUAGAAAUGCAGGAAAAAUAGUCUUCAUCAUGGACGAGGCCCACACCGUUCGGAAGAAAAAGGUCAAAGCGCGGAUGAGAGAAAGGGUUAAUGCGGUUGCUACACAAGACUUAGUUGAGGUCACUGAUAGACCGGCAAUGGUGGAAGUCUCCAUGCCAAACAUGAAGGAUGAGCAGGACAAACAGGUCAAGAUGACAGACUCGAGAGACGAAAAAGAACGGCGCUUGUUUCGUCUUGUCUCUGAGGGCUCAGAAAUACUCAACAUUGUGGUGCCACCCAAAGUUGCCACUGUUGAUGAGGAGGAAAGCAAAGAUCUGGUGGACAACCUAGCCUACAUGGAAGAGCCAUCAACGGUCCGGGCACAUGCACAACCAGUAGAUAUAGAGGGACAUGCAAACUGUCCUGAUAUGGACAUUUCUGAGCAAACUGAUACACAAACCAAGGAAAAAGAAUUACAAGAAGACAUUGCACCUGUUUUGCCUUUCAAAUUACCUCAUAGAGGAACAAUUAAUGACACUGAUUACUUUGACAUGUUCACAGAGUUGGGUGGACAUUCUGUAGGGGGCUUUGACAAGAAAGAAGAGAAGCAACAUCAACCACACAAUAAGGAGACUAAAGAUGUCAAAACCAAUCUGGACGAGCCAUUCUUGAAAACCAAAAUGACCCCCAAGGACCCAGAGGAUCCUAUAUCCUCUGGUGAAAUCGCCAGUGAGCUUCUGGAUGAAGUGUUUUAUGGUGGCACGGCAGACCAUAACUAUUCUGAGUCAGAGGAGGGAUGCCAAGGGGUCAAAGAUGAACUCCCCAAGUCUCCACGAAAGGAGAGUGGUUGUGCCUUAUUUUGUAACGAAGACGUAGUUCUCACUCCUAUCUUCCUUUCCCCAGGGCCACCGAAAAUUAUUGACCCUUCUCUACUAGAGGAACCUAAAGCAAUGGCAUUUUUAUACACAGAUCUUUAUGAAGAAGCUGUUGGAACCAGGAAGAAAGAAGAGGAUGCAGUCAGCAUGACCUCUGAGAAGUCCUUCCAUAGCAAAGAAUCAGAAUCAGACGGUUACCUUGAAAAGUUUGUACUGAAAGAUGAGACUCCAUUGGUCGAGAUGGCAGAGGCUCCCGCAAGGGCUUCAAAAACAGAGGGGUUUAGGAUGUGGACCGAAGAGAUGUUUGAGCUGGCUAAGUUAAACCAACUUGAAAAAGAACCAGAGAAAGAGGACCCCGAAGAGGAAAUUACAGAUUUCUUUCGGGACAGCAACAGAUCCUCCCCUUAUGAAGAUGUUGAACAACCACAUGUAUCACUAGAGGAAAGCAUAGACGUUAAAUAUCGACGAGUGCAAUUUGAAGAUGAAGUUACACAGAAAAAUAAAGAUGAAAGUAAAUCUGAACAAGCACCAGAGUUGACACAGGAUCCGGUAAGAAGAAAUUCACUUGAAAAAGCUCUUGAAGAGACCGGAAUGACAGAGACCGAGAAACUCUUCAUUGAUAAAAGAUCUCCCGAAGAUGACAUAAGUGAUAUAAAUAUUGAGCAAAGAGUCACUGGUAAAGGUGCACUUGUAAGUCACAAAAGCGACCUGGCACCUGAAAUACCACGGACAUUUGCUGAACAGCCAGCCAUCAGCAAGUCACUAGGAUCCUCUCUUGAACUAACUUCAUUGGAACCUGCUGAGAUGGAGGACCUGAAAGAGGAGAGUAGGAGGCAGGAAGUCGAAACAGAGUGCCACAAAGAAGAAGAAAGAUAUCAGAGGACUCCACCUGUGACUGCAGGGGACACAAAUGUACCCCCAAACAAUUUCACUGACCCAGAAGAAUUUUCUUCUGACCCUGUGGAGAAUAAGAGAGAAAUGAGCCUAACAUACGUUUCAGACUCAGAGAUUGCCACUCCUGUGAAAGAUGACAUGUAAGACAUGGGUGGAAGAGGUUAAAAAAUCAAAGGGACAAUAUUAGAAUGUAGAAUUGGAGAUUGUUGGGGUUUAGGCAAUUGUACCUAGAGGGGAGUUUUUGAGUUGUUUUAUGAUCUCCCACCCCUUCUUAUCCAUAUAAAACAACAUGAACAUUAUGUGACGCAGCGAAGCAUAGCUUCCAUUCCGGGCUAGAAAAUGUAACUGUCAUUUCUGAAUUUCUCAAAACCCUGCUUCACCAAACUCCUAUGCCAUAUGUCUGAUUCUCACAACAUUUUGUGUGCAACAAAUGUUCAAAGUUACAUGUCAUUAAAAUUUUGAAAGCUUGACCCAUAAGGACUCUAUGACCAAUAUCUUGGGAUGUUAAGGUCCAAACUAUCAUACUCUUAGUCAUGACCAAAUUCCUUGAAUGCACUGUAAAUUUAGUGAAAAUGUGUCCAUAGUACUAUAACUGGAACAUGGCAAUUUCUCCAGAACCUUUUAAGCUACAACUUUUAAAUUUAGUCAGGAUAUACUUGGCCACAUUUGCUCACAUUUCCUAAAACGCAGAUCGGCUUGCACAACAAAACUUUGCCAGCGUGAAUGACUGACCCUCAUGAAAUUGAAAAGGCUCAUUCAUAAAUUCAUGUGGAAGCUUUGUACCGAAUUUGAAAUAAAUCAGCCACAAGGUGAUCGUAAAACAAGCCACAAUGUGUUUUCCCAUGUACCUCUGGCAUAGUUUGGUCGAUCUUUAAUAUUCAUUUUGCUUCAAAACUUGCUUCAUUCUAGGCUGGCUGUCUGAUUUGCAUAACAGUUUGAAAAAAUGUGAUCCAUCUCUCCUAACAGAAGAAGUUCAACUCUGGCUACGUUUACACGGAGCCUGGAUUGCCCGAAUCCAGAAACAUUUUUGGAUCCGGUACCUUUUUUUAUCUCGUUCACACGUAGCCAUGUCAAGAAAAAUCUACCUUUACACGGAAACGCUGGAGCGGAGCGUAGUGGUUGAAUCUGUUGUAAAUACGUCAUGGAGCAUGCGCAUAAAGUGACAGAAGACAGAAGUCGAGAUCCAACUAGCAAUCUUCCGAUUGCUGAACGACUUCUCUACCACCUGAAAUCACUGUUACCACAGCUCUCAAACAGGACUGGUUAGAAUCACGCCCUUCGCCAUAACCCUUGUUUGUGUUAAGUUACCGUUUUGAAACUUCCAUCUAUAA